AUGACUCCUGCACGGUGUAAUCUCAAGGAAGUGUCUUUUAGUCACUUAUUCCCUUCUAGAACUAUUGCCUAUAUACAUUCACGAGGUUAUGUCCAUGGAGAUAUCUAUCUUCGCGAUAUAUUAGUCAAUCUUCCAUCAAGUUUUCGAUCGCCUUUCAGUCGAGCAGCUAUACGAAGACUAUGGAGAGCCGGGAAACAAGUUCCUAUUACGCAACGCGAUGGGCAACCGCUUACACCAAACAUCCCAGCAAAAGCAGUAUUGCCGCUAUAUCUGGGGAAAGAUGCAGAGGAAUUUUCACUUUCGAGACAUUCAAACCUGACUUGGAAAUUCGUCAGGGGAAAGAUUGCCAUACACCGCCAGCAGGACGUCCUCCAGAAGCUUGGUUUGGAACCGCAGACUUCUUCUCUCUCAUAUUCAGCAAAUGUUUGGAGCUUGGCUGUGGCAAUUUGGGAGAUCCUUGGGAUGAAGGCUAUUUUCAGCAGUGAAUAUGCUACAGUAGAUGAGAUGAUCGCUCAUCAAAUUGAUGUGUUGGGACCUCUACCUCUCAAGUGGUUUGAGGGUUGGGAAAAGCGAAAUCAAUAUUUCGAUAACGAUGGUUAUCCCAAGGAUGGCAGAGAGGAAACAGCCGCGAUUCUAGACCUGAUGCGUCGAAUGUUAACAUUCCGACCAGAAGAAAGGCCAACAGCUCGAGGGGUCCUACAGUCGAGGUGGAUGGUCCAAUGGGUACUACCAGAUUUCGAGCGGAGUUCACAGAUGGGGUAG